CAGAGAGGCAGCGCUCCGGCAGAGAGCCUGUUCGAGGAGAGAUAGAGGCUGUCUGUCUGCGCUGCGACUCAACCCAUCACCGGCGGGGAGGCUGCACCUUCUGUCGAGCACGGACCUGAACCAGCCGGGCUCGCCUCCAGAGCCCUCCAUAUGGGCUCACCAUGCGCAGGAUACGGGCCAACGCCAUCGCGAUUCUGACCGUUGCGUGGAUCCUGGGGACGUUUUAUUACCUGUGGCAGGACAACAAGCCCCAGUCGUCGCCGUCGUCGUCGGCGUCUCAGACCCGCGGCAGGGGCCAUGGCCAGAAGGUGGUCUCCGGUCGGCUGGAGAUCCACCGGGACGACCGGACCAUCCCGCUGAUAGUGACACAGCCCCCGCGGGCGGAGGGGCAGAGCCAGCUGCUGGGCGGCCUCGACGAGAAGGCCUACCUCGCAGGGAAGCAGCUGAAGCCGGGGGAUGAUCCAUACAGAGACCACGCCUUCAACCUGCAGGAGAGCGACCGGCUGGGCAGCGAGCGAGCCAUCAGAGACACCCGACACUACAGGUGUGCCUCUCUGAAUUAUGACGCAGACCUUCCCUCCACGAGUAUCAUCAUCACUUUCCACAACGAGGCCCGCUCCACUCUCCUUCGCACCAUAAAAAGUGUCCUGAUGCGAAGUCCUCCAUCUCUGAUUCAAGAAAUAAUCUUGAUAGAUGACUUCAGCUCUGACCCUGAGGACUGCCAGCUGCUCUCUCAGAUCCCCAAAGUGCGCUGCCUGAGGAACGGACGGAGAGAGGGUCUGAUCCGAUCACGUGUGCGAGGAGCCAACACGGCCUCGGCCUCCAUCUUGACCUUCUUGGACAGCCACUGCGAGGUCAACACUGAUUGGCUGCAGCCGAUGAUCCAGAGAGUGAAGGAGGACCAUACGCGAGUGGUCAGCCCCAUCAUUGACGUCAUCAGCCUGGAUAACUUUGCCUACUUGGCGGCCUCAGCUGACUUGAGAGGAGGGUUUGACUGGAGUCUCCACUUCAAAUGGGAGCAGAUUCCCAUCGAGCAGAAAAUGGCGAGAAGCGACCCCACACAGCCAAUCAGGACUCCCGUCAUCGCUGGUGGGAUUUUCGUCAUGGACAAGAGCUGGUUCAACCACCUGGGCCAGUAUGACACCCACAUGGACAUCUGGGGAGGGGAGAACUUUGAGCUUUCUUUCCGGGUGUGGAUGUGCGGAGGAAGCCUGGAGAUUCUUCCCUGCAGCCGCGUGGGUCACGUGUUCAGGAAACGACACCCAUAUGACUUCCCAGAAGGCAAUGCCCUCACCUACAUUAAGAACACCCGGCGGGCUGCUGAGGUGUGGAUGGACGAGUAUAAACAGUACUACUACUCUGCGAGGCCAUCAGCCCAGGGCAAGGCCUUUGGCAGCAUUGCAGACCGACUGACACUGCGGCGGAAGUUGAACUGCAAACCUUUCCGCUGGUAUAUGGAGAACGUCUAUCCUGAGCUGAGGGUCCCGGAGCAGGAAGCGGUGUCCAGUGUGCUGAAACAAGGCGGGCUGUGUCUGGAGACCCGUGGGACAGAAGCCCUCGGUCUGGCAGAGUGCAGGACCAUCGGCGUCAGCAGGCCGCAUUCGCAGAGAUGGGAACUAAUAGAGCCACUGAUCCGGCAGCAGGACCUCUGCCUGGCCAUUUCGGCCUUCACGGCAGGGUCAAAGGUCAAGAUGGAGCCCUGCAAUGCAAAAGAGCCCAGACAG